AUGGUCACCAACCACCAGGUCCUCUUCAACAAGGAGCAGCCCACCGGCCUGCCCAAGCCCGGCGUCACCACCAAGCCCAGCUCGGUCGAGCUCGACAUCGACAAUGUCCCCCUCAACGGCGGCGUGCUCACACGCAACAUCGCCGUCUCGCUCGACCCCACCAUGCGCAACCGCAUGAAGGGCGACAUCGGCUACUUCACCCCCGCCUACGAGGUUGGCAAGCCCGUCACGGCCAUUGGCAUCGCCGAGGUCGUGCGCUCCGAGGUGGACAGCCUCGCUGCCGGCGACGUCGUCUUUGUCUGGUCGCUCGGCAUCGAGGAGUACACGAUCCACUCGGCCGACGCCGCCAAGAUGUUCCGCAAGUUCGACGCCGCCCACCUCAACAACGGCCUCUCCAUCACCACCUACCUCGGCGCCGCCGGUAUGGCGGGCAUGACCGCCUACAUGUCCAUCAAGGAGAUCAUCGGCGACCUCAAGCCGGGCAACAAGAUGUUCGUCUCGGGUGCCGCCGGUGCCGUCGGACAGCUCGUCACACAGAUCGCCCACCAGGCCGGCGUCAAGGUCAUCGCCUCGGCGGGCUCGGACGAAAAGUGCGACUUCGUCCGCUCGCUCGGUGCCGACGAGACGAUCAACUACAAGACCGAAGACCUCCCCGCCAAGCUCAAGGCCUUUGCUGCCGAUACGGGCAUCCACUACUACUAUGACAACGUCGGUGGCGACCAGCUCGAGGCGUACAUCAACGUCGCCGCUCGCUACGGCAUCAUCGUCGCCUGCGGCUACAUCUCGGGCUACAACGUGGACAAGCCCGAAGACGUCGUCUACCCCAAGAACCUGUUCAACAUUGUCACCAAGGAGCUCAAGUACCAGGGCUUCAUUGUCAGCUCCUUUAUUCCCAAGUGGCUCGGCCAGUUCAUGAAGGAGAUCCCCCAGAUGCUCGCAGAGGGCAAGAUCAAGAACCGCGAAGACGUCACCUUCGGCGUCUACGGCGCAGAGGACGCCUUCCUCCGCCUCUUUACUGGCGACAACAACGGCAAAGUCGCUGUUCUUAUCGACACCGAGCGCGCCGAAAAGUGGAACCUCGGCAAGCAGAAGCAGUCGGCCAAGAUCUGGAACUAA